AUGCAACCAUACCUUAUCUUCGUUCUCGUCUUUCUCACCUCAACUGCCACGGCUGAUAAAGGUAAAGGUAUGAUGACUGGAGGAGUAAUGGAUCAGGAUCCAAGUGAUCCUGGAUACUUGGCAAAAGCGUGGAAGGCUGCAAAAAGUGUGACUGAGCAUUCAUCAAAUAACGGGCAAUAUGUCAUGGUUCCAAUUAAGGUUCUCAAAGCUCAAUCCCAAGUUGUAGCUGGAUUCAGAUACAUCUUCGAAAUACUUUAUGGUGAAUCUACAUGCAAGAAAGCAGAUAUUGCUAACAAAGAAAUCAAUGAAGCAAACUGCAAGCUGAAUGAAAACGGAAACCGAGCUCUUUACACUGUCGAUCUUUGGGAAAAGCCCUGGCAAAACUUUGAAGAAUUCACCGUGACGAAGAUUCGGAACGUCGCUCCCGGAGAAAAUCUUUAA